ACCCUGUGUGUCGGUGCCGGAGUGAUCGGCCUCCUCGAGGGUUGGGGUGGCCCUAAGGCUCUCUACUGGUGUGUUCAAACCGUGACCACUGUUGGGUAUGGCAACCUGCAACUCACGUCUACCGCGUCCAAGGUCUUUACGAUAUUCUUCAUUCCAAUUGGUGUGGCCGUGGGAGCUAGCACCAUGUCGAGCCUGGCGAGCAUUCCUCUUAUCAAGCAGCGGGCUAAGCAGAGAGGAGGGUCC